GUGAGCGCAGCCGGCGCUCAGUGUCAGGCUGCCUCGGGCUGUGAGGGGGACACGGCAGCGGCGGCUGGAGCCGGCAAAGAGUUCACUUGAGCAGCUCCAGUCCUGUCUCCGCCGAGCCGGGGCGCAGUGUCAGUAUGCGCGGCCACCGCUGAUAGCAAAGACGUCUCCCUGGAUCCUCUUGUCUAUUCUUCCCGGGACUGGAGGCCAUGGCGCUGGGAGCGCGGCCGGAGCUGGUUGGGAAGCGAUUCGUGUGUGUGGUCCGAGGAGGAGAGGAACCGCCGGAGCUCGGGGAGAUUGGGCAGAUCGGCCGAUGGGGUUGGAGAGCCGGGGUCAUACGAGCCGUGUCUCACCGGGACAACAGCAACCCCGAACUAUCGGUGUACGUGGAAUUUGAUGACCUAGAAUGGGAUAAACGAGAAUGGGUGAAAGUGUAUGAAGAUUUUACAGCCUUUUUUGUGGAGUUCCAGCUGGUCUGGGCGAAGAAGAAAGACCCCAGCCAGGCUCAGGGAUCAAAGGUCAAGCAAGUCCAGUGGCCUGCCUUGGCUUUCAAGCCCCUGGUUGGGAACGGUGCGUACAAGUCCAUAACUGCAAUAGAACUUCUAGUGGAGAGACAUCUGGAGUUUGCAACUGAAGAUAGUGCCUUUCAGCCCUAUCAGGAUGAAGUUGACAGUCUAAACCCAGUUCUCAGGGACAACCCCCAGCUUCACGAGGAGGUGAAAGCCUGGGUUAAAGAACACAAGGUUCAGGAGAUUUUUAUGCAAGGACCUUAUUCCUUAAACGGCUAUCGAGUGAGGGUGUACAGACAAGACUCUGCCACCCAGUGGUUCACUGGUAUAAUUACUCACCAUGACCUUUUCACCCGCACUAUGAUUGUUAUGAAUGACCAGGUUCUAGAGCCACAGAAUGUUGAUCCUUCUAUGGUUCAGAUGACCUUUCUAGAUGACGUUGUAUACUCUCUGCUGAAAGGUGAAAAUAUAGGAAUCACAAGUCGCCGCAGGUCGCGCUCCAACCAGAACAGCAACACAAUUCAUGGUCAUUAUACUCGUGCACAAGCAAACAGUCCCAGGCCAGCGAUGAACUCCCAGAGCUCUACGAAACAGAGUCAGCACCGAAAUGCUCGCUUAAACAAGAGGAAAGGUUCCGACAGCAGCAUGCCGGAUGAAGAUAGGAUUAAAGAAGAAAGAUAUGACGAAAAUGUGAAGAGGAACAAACAUUUUCACAGCAAAAGGAGAAAACCAGAGGAGGAUGAAAAGAAAUUAAUUCUGAAAAGGCUGCGCACAGACAAUAUUUCCGACUACUCCGAGAGCAGCGACUCAGAAAAUUCAAAUAAGAGAAUAAUGGAUUCUUCCUCUGAGCAAAAUUCCGAGAACGAGUUGAAAAGCAAGAACACUUCAAAGAUAAAUGGAGACGAAGGAAAAUCCCAAAGUAGCGAGGGGGCUGAGGAACAGACACUAAUAGAUAGGCAUUCUCACUGGGAUGAAAUACAGGAAGAUAAAAAGCAUCAAGAAGCAGAAAGGCUAAAGUCAGCCGACUUACAGCUGCAGAAAGAAAACGCUCAGUUCCUCCUCUCCGAACAGACAGCACUUUAUGAGCAGAAUUCCAGUAAACUGCUUAUUCAAGAUAGCGUGGUUGAGCGGCACAACACUAACGAAUCGUCACAGACUGAUCAGCUUAUCAGCAAACCUCCCACGCCGAAAACGUCUGUCGUCUUAACCAAUGAAAACAGUUUGGACAAAGCGCCCCAGGAUAGCGGUUCAGCAAAGUUUAACGCACAGCCCAAUGCUAAGAGAGAGCUACAAGGCGGUGACCCGAAGCAGUCAUUGGCGCCAUCAACUAUUCCAGUGCAAAAGAAGCAGGAGUCUGAACAUGGCUGGAAUGAGAAUAUUAACCAUAAGUCAGAUUUGGCACUUUCGGGUGUUUUAAAAACGCCCCAGUCAACUAAUAAAGAGGUGAAUGACCGGGAGAAGAUCCACCACACCUCUGUCAUCGGUAGCACAUCCUUAACGGAUGAACAGAAGAGGCUUCAAAAACAGACUCUGGAUGCCCUGAAGACAAAGCCGCAUGUUUCUGAGAAUUCUAGCAAAAUCAAAUUUAGUUCUUCUCCAGAUGUGUUGAAGUCUCGUGCCGUCCACUCUCCAGAUUCAGUGAAACUCAAGUUGAACUAUCACAAUAGUCAGAGUUCUGGAGUCGCUAGGCCCUCUAGUAAAAUGGAUUGUGAUAUGCACAGGUCUAGCUUCCACCCAGUGACUGCGAGAGGCAGUGCCAUAGAAUCUACAAAGAGUCCACUUAUCAUAGACAAGAAUGAGCAUUUUACCGUUUACAGGGACCCAGCACUUGUCGGACCAGACACCGCAGCUAAUCACAUUUCUUCUUAUUUGCACCAGCACAAUUUUUCUCUUCAUUCUCCAGCUCAUCGAGCAUGUUUACCUCCAAACAACCACCAUCCAGCACUUGCAGCUAACCCUCAUAUGUUAACGUCCUCUUCAAGCCAAACUCCUCUGACUGCUAUAAAUGCCCAUGCGCUGGGUAGCACAUCGCACCAUUCAGUCCACCAUCCUCACUUACUACCUACGGUGCUACCUGGUAUGCCCCCUGGGUCAUUGUUGGGUGGUCACCCUCAGCUAGAGACUGCACAUGCCAGCAGCCUUAGCCAUUUGGCACUUGCACAUCAGCAACAGCAGCAAAUGUUACAGCACCAGCCACCUCAUCUUCUCGGCCAAGCUCACCCUCCAGCUUCUUACAACCAGUUGGGACUUUACCCUAUUAUUUGGCAGUAUCCAAAUGGAAGUCAUGCCUAUUCUAGCCUAGGCUUGCCUUCCUCAAAAUGGGUACACCCCGAGAACCAUGUCAAUGCAGAGGCUUCUAUAAGAAGGAACACUGCCAGCCCCUGGUUACAUCCGCCCACGCCUGUGACGUCAGCAGAUGGCUUGCUAAUGGGUCACCUUCCUGUUCGUCCCUCCAGUGCUGACCCUCUUAGACCACUAAAACUGGCUGCACAUUCAAGCCCACCCUUGUCUAAACCAUUGACGGAUCACCACAAAGAGGACUUGGAGAAGAAGGCAUUUAGUGAACCCUUGCGCUCAGUUACUUCAGCACCUGUAAAGUCUGAGCACGAACACAGCCGAACACACUUGGGCAAAGAUGGCCAUGUACACAGACAUUACAUGGAGCCUGUUCUGGGCCACAGCAAGCUGCAGCGCCCAGCUCCAGACAGUGGGGAGAGGCCGAGCAAAUACAAGGAAGAGCACAGGAGAAUCCUUCAGGAAAACAUGGAAGCUUCCUCUUUCUCUAUGAAAAUGAAAGCACAUGAAAACGAACGUGAGAGCUUUGCUAGAGUAACGCCCAUCAUGUCUUGCAGCCCAACAAGCCACUUGGUGAAACCAGAAAAUAAUGUGGAGCGCCCCAUCUCCGAUUUGUACAAAAUGAAAAAUUCGGUCUCUCAGAGCUUGCCACAAAGUAAUUAUUUCACCACCCUGUCCAAUAGUGUGGUGAACGAACCGCCAAGGUCAUUCCCAUCCAAGGACGCCGUAAAUGUGUUCCCCGAAAAGCAAAAUGCCAGCCCUUCUUCAACAACUUCUUCGACUAUUAACUCUUACUUGUCCUCCUUAUCGAAGCCUCCUCCAUUAAUAAAACACCAACCCGAAGACGGAGCCGCAAGUAAGUUAAACGAGCAGCUUCCACAGCAGGUAGCAACACACACGAUUACAUCCUACAGAGGAGAUAGCCGAAGUCCAACCCAGUUGUCCGUCUCUUCAUCGAAUGCACUCCGUAGCAUGCCUGCCUUGCAUCGGGCACCUGUUUUCCACCCUCCAAUUCACCACAGCCUUGAUAGGAAGGAUGUUGGUUAUAGCAAUCUCUCUCCACCAACCCUCACUCCAGUGCAGCCUGUAACGACUGGAGCCAAAAUCCAGGAACUUCAGAAACCUCCAACUCUAGUUCCCGAGCCCAAGGAGGGUGCUGCAAAUUACAAGAAGAACGCAGAGAAGCCGGUCCAGGAAAUCUGGAAAACAAGCGAAAAGCUAAAUCAUAGUAAAAUUGAGUGGCUGCCAGAGAAAAAUAAUGUGAAGUUACCGUCCGCAACCGCAUCUGUCAUUGUACGCCCACCAUCCAGUGCAAAGUAUGAGAACGUGCCAGUAACUCAGGCAGCCCCCAAGGAAAGAGUUGUCGAAAGAUCCUCAGCUGGAAUCAAUCAAUCCGAUUGCACAAAGCCUUUGGAAACCAGAGAGGCUACAAGGAUUGCCCAGCCUCUUCUGAACUCAGACAGCGCUCAUGUGCUCUUUGAGAAGAACGCUCACGCUCCCUCGCACAACAUUCCCAGUUCCUCUGCACCUGGAACUAAUAUAAUGUGCAGCACGAAAACUGAUGUGACCACCUCUGCCCCCACGACCACGAGCGUUUCAAGUUGCAGCGGAUCUGAAGUAACUUACUCUUACUCCAAUGCCGUUUCAACUUGUACAGUGAUCGAAAGCAUCGGAUCAGUAUCUGGAAAUCCUACCGUACCCCCAACUCAAGAGGGCACAGUCACCGCCACAACCCCAGCCACCUCAGCCAGUAGCAAGACUGCAAGUGCCAUUCAGCCCAACUCCUUACAUGCCGCUUCAAGUGAUUUUGUUCACUUAAAAAAGCACAAGGCGGCUUUGGCUGCAGCCCAGUUGAAAAGCACCAACUCCAAUGAUCCGGACAUCAACGCUGUGAAAAAUCAGACCUUUGCAGCCUCAGGCUCUCCAGAAAACAACGCGCCCUGCAGCUCCACAAACACAACAAGCUCGACAGGCACUGGGCAGGCUUCCCAAUGCAGCCAGCCAAACUAUCACACAAAACUGAAGAAGGCCUGGCUUACCCGACACUCAGAAGAAGAUAAAAACACUAACAGUAAGCCGGAGAGUGCUGGCAUCACAAUGGUCUCUGAAAUCAUUAAGCCUUGUACUGUUAAUCUGAUUGCCUCGACGUCCAGCGAGCUGCAGAAUAACCUAGACCUUAGGGUGCAGGAGGACAAAUCUCCCAAGGAGGAUAGACUUACAAGGAGGAGGGUUAAAAGGACUUACGAAUCUGGCUCCGAAACUGAGGACUCAGAUGAAAGCGAGAGUAAGUCUGGACAAAGGCUGAAACGUCAGCCCAAGCCAACAUACAAAAAGAAGCAAAAUGAUAUGCAGAGGCGAAAAGGUGACACAGACAAAGAGGACGAAAUCAGACCCAAUGGUAUUCUCAGUCGCAGUGCCAAGGAGAAAAGCAAACUGAAGUUACAGAGCAAUAGUUCCAGCACUGGCAUACCUCGUUCAGUAUUAAAAGACUGGCGGAAAGUGAAGAAACUCAAGCAGACGGGGGAAUCUUUCCUGCAGGAUGACUCUUGCUGUGAGAUCGGGCCAAAUUUACAGAAAUGCAGAGAAUGUCGUCUGAUCCGCACCAAGAAAGGAGAAGAGUCUACACACUCCCCGGUUUUCUGCAGGUUUUAUUAUUUCCGCAGGUUAUCGUUCAGUAAGAAUGGCGUUGUUAGAAUAGAUGGAUUCUCUACCCCUGACCAGUAUGAUGAUGAAGCACUGAGUUUAUGGACGCACGAAAACUAUGAAGAUGAUGAAUUGGACCUCGAAUCCAUUAAGUAUAUCUUGGGUUACAUCGGCGAUAAAUUCUGUCAGAUGGUGACGUCGGAGAAAGCUGCUAUGUCUUGGGUGAAGAAGGAUGCAAAAAUAGCCUGGAAGAGAGCGGUGCGAGGAGUACGCGAGAUGUGCGAUGCCUGUGAAGCCACCUUGUUCAACAUUCACUGGGUCUGCCAAAAAUGUGGAUUUGUGGUCUGUCUGGACUGUUACAAGGCGAAGGAAAGGAAAAGUUCUCGAGAUAAAGAGUUGUACACCUGGUUGAAAUGCGUAAAAGGACAGCCACACGAUUACAAGCACCUAAUGCCUACCCAGAUCAUCCCCAGCUCUGUUCUGACAGAUCUUCUUGAGGCCAUGCACAUCCUUCGAGACAAGUUUGGGAUUAAAUCGCACUGCCAGUGCACAGGGAAACAAGCCUCACAAAGCAACAAGUUCCCGGCCAUGAACGGAGUGUCGCAGGUAUUACAAAAUGUCCUGAAUCACAGUAACAAGAUCUCUCUGAGCUUGCCAGAAUCACAACAGCACAGCCCUUCUCAGAAGCCCGAAACCAAUGGCAAUGCAAGCCCAGGAAGCGACACGAGCUCAGACAGCAAGUUGGCAUCCCCAGAAUCUCAUUCCUCACUGCACUGGCUGGCAGAUCUGGCAGAACAAAAGUCGAGAGAAGAAAAGAAAGAGAAUAAAGAGGUCCCUGUGACAAAACUUAUCAAAGAAGAACAAGAUAAUGAAACGGCAAACCCCAAAUCCUCCUCUCCUGCAACACAAACUAGUGAGCCGGGCUCCACCCUGCGGGACCUGCUCACCACCACUGCCGGCAAACUACGUCUGGGAUCCACUGACGCCGGCAUUGCCUUUGCACCAGUUUACUCGGUAGGAAAUCCAAGCGGUAAAAGCGGAAGGUCCAUGCCAAACAUCUUGGAUGACAUCAUUGCAUCAGUGGUUGAAAAUAAAAUUCCUGCCACAAGACCACCGAAACCCAGCAUAAAAUCAGAGCCAAAAGAGGAAAUUUCGGAGAGCCACAAGCCACCCCUGGACGAGAAGACAAGAACACACAGUGAUAUUCCACAUUCUUGGAUCUGUGAUCGGCACAUUUUAUGGUUAAGCGAUCAUAGGCAUAACAGCAACUGGAAGCUCUUCAGAGAGUGCUGGAAGCAGGGGAAGACUGUUGUAGUGUCUGGAAAUCAUAAAAGAAUGAACCCAAAUCUGUGGAAAUGUGAGGCAAUCAGCCAUGACUUUGGGGACCACCAAGGAGAUCUUCUCAACUGCAAGGAGGGAGUGGUGUCGAGCGGGAAUGUAAAGGAGUUCUGGGAUGGAUUUGAGGAGGUCUCCAAACGACAGAAACUUAAAAACGGAGAGACUAUCCUUCUGAAACUGAAAGAUCAGCCUUCUGGAGAAGACUUCAAAAAUAUGAUGCUUGCCAGACAUGAAGAUUUUUUUAGGAUGCUCCCAGUCCCAGAAUACUGCAACCCAGAUGGGAAAUUCAACCUCGCCUCCCAUAUGCCAACAUUCUUUGUACGUCCAGACUUGGGCCCAAGGAUGUGUAGUGCAUUUGGAGUGGUUGCCACCAAGGAUCAUGACACUGGUACAACAAACCUUCAUAUAGAAGUGUCAGAUAUGGUGAACAUCCUAGUCUAUGUCGGUGUGGUGAAGGGCAACGUGGCUGCUAGUAAAUCAGGUGUAGUAAAGAAGUUUGAGGAAGAGGACAUGGAUGAGAGUUUGACAAAAAGACUGAAGGACACCACCGAGGUUCCCGGGUCUCUCUGGCACAUUUACGAGACUAAAGACGCAGAUAAAAUCAGAGAGUUUUUACAUAAGGCUGCAAAAGAGCAAUGCCUUGAAAUCCUUCCUGACCAUGACCCAAUACGAGACCAGAACUGGUACCUGAAUAAGAAACUCCGCCAAAGUCUCUUAGAGGAUUAUGGUGUAAAGAGCCACACACUGGUCCAGUUCCUUGGUGAUGCAGUCAUACUGCCUGCAGGAGCCAUUUAUCAGGUGCAAAAUUUUCACAGCUGCAUCCAAGUGACUCAAGACUUCGUGUCCCCAGAACAUCUUGUUCACUCAUUUCAUUUAACUCAAGAGCUGAGGCUUUCUAAAGAAGAAAUCAAUUUUGAUGAUAAAUUGCAGGUUAAAAACAUCUUGUACCAUUCAGUCAAAGAAAUGGUAAAAUCAUUGAAGAUUCACGAAGAGGAAAUGGAAGACAUGGAAGAGUCUUAGUUUAUAGUUUUUUUUGUUUGUUCCAACUGGAGUUGAAGAGAUUCUUGUGCUGGGAGAGAAAAAGGACACUGGGCGACCCGCUUUUAUAUCUUCAGUGCCAAGAAACUCUUCUCCAAGUAUUUGCUUGUUACUGACACCACACCAGUAUAACACGAUCACGGCAGAUGUGAUCAGCCUCCCCCGCAGGGCGGGAAGGUCAUUACAGGCCUCCCCAGCGCUGCUGGAGGUAGCACGAUUGGAGCCAUCAGACUGUGCUACAAUGUAUCAUACUGUAUAUUAAAAGUUUGUGAAAAAAGAAAAAAAUGUCAGAUUUAAAUGUAUUUAUUUUUUUGAGAAAAAGAAAAGAAAACAAAAAGUUCUACGCUAUAUUGUUGAUCAAAUGUAAAUGUGACUUGUAUAGUUUGCUAAAAAUAAUUUGGAUAUUUUUCACUACAUUGACACAAUAACUGUGAGGGUAAACAGAAAUCACCAGCUAUUGCCUGCAUUUGGAAGCAUUCAUAACAUAAUCUGAAAGAUUACUGCCAAAUAACUGUAAACUUUGUAUAUUAUAAAAUAUAACACGGUAUUAAAAAGAAGACACUUCAAUGAUUUAUUGAAGCCUACUCAAUGUAUAAUUAGACAUUUAAAGAAGAUGUAAUUUAUUUGAAACAAGUUGUCUCAUUUUGGUAAAAUUUAUGUGACAUUUUGAAGCUAAAUAUUAAAACUUAAUAUGCUAUGUAAAUAUAUACAUAUAUACAUUCAAUGAUGUAUUUUUUUAAAACAUUGGCUUGCUUUAAUUUGUUAAAAGUGCAAGUGUUCCACAUGCUUUGUACAUUGAAGUUCAAAGGGGUUUUACAUUUUCCAUUAAAAAGAAUUUCUCAGAUGUUGA